AACGAGGGUCUAAAUUAAGAGAAAUAGAAAAAUCCGAAAUAUGAUCUUAAUAAUAAUGGGACUCAUGAUCUCAGAAGAUUCGUUUAAUCAUGAUUUUGUCAUUCCACACUACGCCUCGCUUGUUUUCACUACAAAGCCCGCCGGAACUCGGACACAGACACAGUUGAAUCUGCAAGUCAAUGAAGGCCGUAGUGAUAACAGUCCUAGGUGGACCCGAGGUCCUCCAACUACAACAAGUCGAAGACCCAGAACUCAAAGACGGCGAGGUCCUCAUCAAAGUCGAGGCGGCGGCGCUGAACAAGCUCGACGCGUUUCAGAGGCAAGGAGUGUUCGCACCACCUCCGGGUGCUAGUCCCUACCCUGGUCUCGAAUGUUCCGGAACCAUCGAGGCCGUCGGAGAACACGUGUCACGCUGGAAAGUCGGCGAUCAGGUGUGUGCUCUACUUAGUGGAGGAGGGUAUGCCGAGAAGGUGGCUGUUCCGGCAGGACAGGUUCUUCCGGUUCCACCUGGUAUUUCUUUGAAGGAUGCUGCAAGCUUUCCUGAAGUGGCGUGCACUGUUUGGUCCACUAUUUUUAUGAUUAGCCGGCUAUCUUCCUGUGAAAUACUUUUGAUUCAUGGGGGCUCUAGCGGAAUUGGUACAUUUGCGAUUCAGAUGGCUAAAUACUGGGGAGCUAGGGUGUUUGUCACAGCAGGUAAUGAAGAAAAGUUAGCAGCUUGUAAGGAUCUUGGUGCUGAUGUAUGUAUCAAUUACAAGACAGAGGACUUUGUUGCACGCGUAAAGGAAGAAACAGGUGGCAAAGGUGUUGAUGUCAUCUUGGAUAGCCUCGGGCAAGCCUAUUUUCAGCGAAACCUUGACAGCUUAAAUUUUGAUGGGAGGCUUUUUCUCAUUGGGACAAUGAGUGGCUCUGUCACAGAAUUGGAUCUCCGUGUGGUGCUUUCAAAGCGCCUUACCAUCCAAGCGGCUGGUUUGCGAGUCAGAAGUCCAGAAAACAAAGCAGUAAUAAUUAGGGAGGUGGAGGACCAUGUGUGGCCUGCAAUUGUGGCUGGCAAGGUGAAACCUGUGAUCUACAAGCAUUUCCCUUUGUCUGAAGCUGCAGAGGCUCACCAGUUAUUGGAAAGUAGCCAGCAUAUUGGAAAGAUUCUACUUUUUCCGUGAUGAUAUGAUUGUUAGGGUGUAUUUAAGCAAACAACAUGCUUAGACCUCAUGAAUAAAAGGUUAUUGUGCAUUUAUUGUUUCACUAUGUACUGCUGUGCUCUUACAUUCUGGGAUUAGUCUAUCAUUCAGUUGUAAUUUGGUGCUUCAUGCCCUCCCAUGGAUUUUUGUAACUUUGAUUCAUCUUAGUAACCGGUGAUAAUG